CUCGCACGGAGUCACUUGAGCACAACUAUUGGCGAGUGCCGACGUAUACAGUAAUUGAGCGUAUUCUUCUUUUGACGAGCACUGGCCAUUAUGUCCCGCCGAGCGUUGGCAUUUGGACGAGAGUAGCGUCGCCCCUGGCUGUCCUCCGUCACAAUGAGUGCCUCCGAAAGUAAUAUCCGGAACUGCACUCCGCCAGCGAUAGACGACUUCCCUUCUGGCCUGUUUACAGAACUUCAAAGGCAACAUGGAGCUAUCGUUAUCCACGCACUUAUAUCAAUAUAUUUAUUCCUGGCACUAGCCGUAGUGUGCGAAAAAUUUUUUGUGCCAGCCGUGGAUAGAAUAUGCACUGCUUUGAAUAUGACCAACGACGUAGCCGGUGCCACAUUCAUGGCGGCCGCAACUUCAGCCCCGGAGCUCUUCGUAAACGUGAUAGGCACGUUCAUCACAGAAGGAGACAUCGGGGUUGGUACUAUCGUUGGAUCUGCCGUCUUUAACAUCCUGGCCGUUGCAGCUUGCUGCGGUAUAGGUGCAGGAAUGGUGGUACCAUUAGAUUGGUGGCCCUUAACAAGAGAUUGUUUAGCUUACGGUAUCACAGUUUCAAUACUUAUCUGUAUCAUGCACGAUGAGUACGUAAUGUGGUACGAAGCUUUCCUACUCGUACUUUUGUAUGGAGUUUAUAUCUGCAUAAUGUACUACGACAAAUCCAUACAGAAUUUUGCUAAAAAAAGUUGGAAAUGCGUUUCAAAUAUGAUUAAAACAGACGAAGAAAAAGAAGACAAUGCUCAAGUCGAGAUAGAUGGAAAGGAUAAGUCCAGUAACAAGCGCGACAACAUUGAUCAUCAUCAACAUAAUGGAAACAUUAAAGCUGGGGAAAUAAUUGCUGAGACUGGAGAUAAAGGAAAAAUAAGCAAAGAACAAGAGGUCAAGACAAAUGAAGAUACAAGCGUCAAUGUGGUUGAUUUGGAAAUUGUUCACUCAGAUGAAGUUAAUCAAAAUGUUGACACUAAUAAGGAAGUGCUAGAUGAAUAUGAGCAUUCGCUUUGGAAGUGGCCGACCGGUAGAAGUAAACUUACAAAGGCAACUUGGAUCAUUACCUGGCCCAUUCAUUUAGUAUUUCUAUUUACGAUUCCUGAUUGCGAGAAACCAAAAUUCAAGAAUUGGUUUCCUUUGACAUUCCUUAUGUGUAUAGUUUGGAUCGGAUCUCUUUCAUAUAUCGUCGCUUGGAUGAUUACUAUUAUCGGGGACACCCUAAUGAUACCAGAUUCAGUGAUGGGGAUAACAUUUUUAGCCGCCGGUACUUCAGUUCCAGAAGCAGUUUCUAGCGUUAUAGUAGCUAAACAAGGACACGGAUCAAUGGGAAUCAGCAAUUCAAUUGGAUCAAAUACGUUCGACAUCCUAUUAUGUCUUGGUCUGCCUUGGCUCAUAAAGGCGUCCCUGACACCAGCAGAACCUGGAAAUUACUGGGUGAAGAUAAACUCCAUGGGAUUGGAAUACUCGGCGAUAUCGCUAUUGUCAACUCUUCUACUGUUGUAUUUGACGUUUUGGUUCAACAAGUUCAAGCUGGACAGAGCCGUGGGGCGAGCGUGCCUGGGAAUGUACGCGAUGUUUCUGGUUCUGGCAACUUUGAUUGAGUUAAACGUAUUCUUCCCUGUGAAUGUGCGCACUUGCAGGAGAAGUGAAUUAAAAUCUUAACUAUUAAAAGAACUUUAUGGAUAAAUCGCUUGACCAGUGUGAAGUGUAUUACUUGGGUUGUCAACUAGUAGUAACGCUUGUUGUUGAUUUUUUAUACGUUCACAGUAAAAUUAAUUUAACAUCAAAGAUUUAUAAAAGCUUUAGAUAUAUAUGUUACUGCUUAAUAUAUUUUAAGAAUUUCUAAAUUAAUUGGCAACCCUAGUAUUCAUGUAAAGUAAUGACUGUAUUCGAUUUCUAUAGAAGUUACCUCCACUUGGUGCUACAUAAGUGAGGUCCCUCAAAGCUGUUUUUAAUAAAUUCUUGAUCCCAGAAAA